AUUCUGGCAGGAACUCAAACAUUUAACUGUAUAUUUAUUUAUUCUUUGCCAUUUAUUUUUUGUCUUCUCCUAAUAUGAAUACUACGGGUUUUCUUUGAAGAUCAAAAAGGACUCACAGUUGGUUCUGCAUUUCCUUCUUCCGGAAAGGGGAAAUGAGUCUGCUUUCAUGUGAUUGACAAUCGAAGGAACUUGCGAAAGUGAUAACUGUAUAAAUUCAGCUCACCAAAGUCUGCAUGUGUCAGUUGUGUUUGAACUGGGCUAGGCCAGAAAGAAAAACAGAACGAUGAACCAAGAACCAGAGAGAGAACCCAGGCUGAUAAGAGAAGGCUAUCUAGUAAAAAAGGGUAGCAUGUUUAACACCUGGAAACCGAUGUGGGUUGUGCUGUCUGAAGAUGCCAUUGAAUUCUUUAAGAAGAAGACUGACACCAACCCUAAAGGAAUGAUUCCUCUAAAAGGGAGCACCCUAACAAGUCCCUGCCAGGAUUUUGGUAAAAGGAUGUUUGUCUUUAAACUCACAACUACCAAACAGCAAGAUCACUUCUUCCAAGCCUCUCACCUUGAGGAGAGAGAUGCGUGGGUGAAAGACAUUAAGAAAGCCAUAAAGUGCAUUUUGGGAGGCCAAAGAUUUUCCAGAAAAUCAACCAGGAAAUCUGUCAAGCUUCCAACAACAAUCAAUCUAAGUAACUUGUAUGUUUCAAUGAAAGACCCUGACAAAGGGAUAAAAGAAAUGAAACUGGAAAAAGACAAGAAAAUAUUCAAUCACUGCUUUACAGGCAGUUGCGUCAUUGACUGGCUUCUAUCCAAUAAUGCCAUCCAAAAUCGCCAAGGGGGUCUAAUGGUGGCAUCAGCCCUGUUGAAUGAAGGUUAUUUUCAGGCUGCUGGGGAGCUAUCCAAAACUGCAGCUGAAGGCCUGUCGGAAACUCCCUUCCUUGACAAUGAGGACGCCUAUUAUUACUUUGCAGACAGUGGAUUCUUCUGCGAAGGAAAUUCCAGUGACGAUGAUGGGGUUUUCAAGGAAGAGUUCAGAGGUGUGGUGAUCAAACAAGGAUGUCUACUGAAACAGCCUGUAGUUUACCUUGAAUACUGA